AGCAUCAUGGCCACCCACCAUAUUAUAUUACUUAAACACCACGCCGCUGCCCUCAACAAGUCGUCGUUGCUCGAAGAGUUCGUUAGACAAUUCCCUUUUCCUUCUUCUUCUUCUAAAAUAAUGUAAAAGAAAUCUGCAAGUCUAAAGUCUAAAAGUCUUCAUUCCAAUUUCUGAGAUCCGUCUCAAGGGAAAGAAAUCGAGCCCAAUUGAGAAUCCAAGUCUUAGAUUAUCAAUGCAAUUAAAGCCCUUAAACAUCUCCACAAUUACUCUAAUGUUGUUCUUAGCAUUCUUAUUCCUCUUCUUCUGUGGCUUUCUCGAAUUUCCCUCUGUUUCGACCUCAAUUUCGACCUCAAUUCAAGAACAACACCACGUAGAUUCAAGUUUUUCCCCGGUUAAGUCCACGCCGGACCCCUUCACCGACAUAAUAAGCGCGUUCAAGAAAUGGGAUUCUCAAGUGGGUUGUGCUCGGUUCAGAGAGAAAUACAGGAAUCAAACAGGGUCGAAUCCGGGUUCUACUGAGUCGGGUUCGCUGCAAGAAGAUGGCGAUCGGAAGUGUGAUGGGUUGAAAAUGGAGCACGUUAGUGUUUUGGUUAAAGGGUGGACUUGGAUUCCUGAUAAUUUGGAUAAUUUAUAUUCUUGUCGGUGUGGGUUGAGCUGUUUGUGGACUAAAUCUUCGGUUCUUGCUGAUAAACCUGAUGCUUUGUUGUUUGAGACCACCACACCUCCGCUUCAGAGACGCAGUGGAGAUCCACUUCGUGUAUACAUGGAUCUUGAGGCUGGCAGGAAACGGUCUGGUCUUGAGGAUAUGUUUAUUAGUUAUCAUGCUAAAGAUGAUGUGCAGUCAACUUAUGCUGGUGCACUCUUUCACAAUGGUCGAAAUUAUCAGGUGUCAUCUUACAAGAACAAUGAUACACUUGUUUAUUGGUCUUCCUCGCGCUGUCUUCCUCAAAGAAAUCGGCUGGCCAAAAAUCUCCUCAGCUUGCUGCCUCACCAUUCUUUUGGCAAGUGCUUGAACAAUGUUGGCGGCCCGGACAUGGCCCUUUCUCUCUAUCCCGAAUGCAACAAUGAUGCCAGUGUCAAACCAAGAUGGUGGGAUCAUUUACAUUGUGCCAUGUCUCACUACAAAUUUGUACUUGCUAUCGAGAACACUGUGACCGAGAGUUAUGUGACAGAGAAGCUAUUUUACGCUCUAGAUUCCGGUUCAGUUCCCAUCUAUUUCGGUGCCCCAAAUGUUUGGGACUUUGUCCCACCACAUUCAAUAAUAGAUGGAACUAAAUUUAAAUCCUUGGAAGCAUUGGCUUCCUAUGUGAAGGAUCUAGCUAAUGACCCUGUAGCUUAUGCAGAGUACCAUGCAUGGAGAAGAUGUGGUGUUCUGGGUAACUAUGGAAAGACCCGUGCAGUGAGCCUUGACACAUUGCCUUGCCGGCUGUGCGAGGCUGUUAGCAGAAGAGGUGGGCGAAAUGCAAGAGCUAAUUGACAUUUUGCCUGUUUGUAUUUCAUUUGGGUUUCUUCUGAUGUUGCUGGAACUUGUAUACAUGCUAGAUUGAGAGGAUGUACACAGAAAAGAUUAAAAGAAUACACGGUAGGUUUUUUUUUUUUAAAUUUUUAGCCUGGAAUCAAUAUUUCAUAAUAACCGUUGAAUUUGCA